GCUGGAAACCCUGUCCAUAAGCUACUCGAACUUAAGAAUUGUUUACAUGUUUAUUAGUAAAAGAAGGCUGUUAUUAAACAAGAGACGCAUGUCAAUUAUAGUUGUCUGACUGUGAGAGCGGUGGAUUAUUGUUUUCACUAUGGAUACAUUUGUUUUGGUUUUACAGGAGACAAGGUUAUUAGCAAACGUACAUACAGAGUACGGAGAGUCUUAAAAAUCAAUUGAAUAUAGUUUUUCUAGUUUUGCAGUUUAUUAAAAUAUUAAAAAAGAUUUUAGAUAAAUACGUCACCAAUUCAAGAGAAUCUAUUGGCGGUUUGCUUAUGAUGCUUAUUCGUUACCAGGUCUUCUCUACAUCUCUUGUGUGCAAAAAUGAACCGCGGCCUAGCCGAUGAGAUGCAAUUAACAUGUUCAGUGUCAACAAAAGAACAAACAACAAAAAUUUCUAUAAGUACUACAUUAGUUUUCCGUCUUUCACCGAGACGAGUGCCAUUUUGCGGUUGCGUGUCUUUACAUUCUUUAAUAAAAGUGGACGAUUGUCUCUUGUCUAAUCUAUCGAAACGUGUCUAUAAGGAAUUAUCCGGGAUCGAGAAUGUUGAUGGCUUCAAUUCAGUCGGUUUCAGAUAAUUUAAGUUAAAAAAUUAUCAAAAUGCCUUUUGUUUGGUAACAUUUUUCUCAUAAAGUGCACCAUUUUUUGUAUUGAUUAUGUGAAAGCAUAUCUUUGUACAAUUUGCAAUCGUUAUACGAUUCUUUCAACUUCUCACAGCUUCAGUUUCCAGCAUCCACCGUAGCAGUAUGAAAAUAUCCAAACAUUCCCAACAACCAAAAUACCGCAAAAAAUACGUAUAAAAAGUUGAAAAAAUUAAAUUUUUCGCGAAUUUAAAGUAUAAAGAGAAUCACACAUUUUCUUUAAAAUAAGCAACAAUAAUUAGAUAUGUAUAAGAAAAAAAUAGAAAACAUUCAAAAAAUCACAGGAAAAGUGUCACAAUGAUGAACAAUGUGAUGUUUUUAAAUAACAUCAUUGAAAGUACAACAACAAGUGUAAUUUGAAAGUAUCUAGUCAAACGUAGAGAUUUCUUCUUGUCAUAUGAUUAACGAUUAAUUAAAUUUAAGCCAACAAAACCUAAAAAAAAGGCACGAGUAAAUAUUUUAAUAUCAAGCAUAACUCGUGCAGAGCAAAUAAAGCAAAAGAAAGCCUGAACGAAAUAUCUUGUAGGACAACAGCUGUUGCAUGUCGCCUUACCUAGACAGACAGUGUGACAACAAGUGGAACAUUACGCAAACACACGCACACAAAUGUAAAUACCAUACAGCUGCCAAUUUGGGUGCCGCCAAAAUUUCAAAUGACGAUUAUUUAUUGCCUCUCAACGUAUUCAGCUAAACUUAACAAUAAUAAGACUACUACUGCAUCUGCCUGUUUUCACAAUAGCGACAAGAUCACUACAUCUCACCAUAGGUGCGAUUCAUAUAUAACCAAUGCGUUACUAUAUUUCUUAAUUUUGCAACAUCAUCGUCAUUAUCAUCAUCUUUGCCUCUAUCAACAUUGGCGGCAACAACAACGUAAUAAACAACAAUCGAUUAAUUGUAAAUUAACAUUGUCGUCGUCAUUAUUGUUCUUGUCUUUGUUGUCAUUAUCAUUGGUGCAAUCUUUGCCGUCGCUCUCAACGAAUAGCUGACAAUGAAUAAACGGACUGUGAUAAUUAUUGUGGCUCUCGUAAGUCUUGUUUGUAUAGCUGUCGGCGCCAAUUUCUAUUUUAUGUAUUAUUUGAAUGCCGAAGAAAUACCACUGUCCAGUACACGUGCCUUAGAGAAUGUGAUCCGUUCGAAAAUCAGACAUCUUAAGCCUUCUUAUCUAAAUCGUAAUCCACGUUUCUUUAUGUAUCGCAAUAAAUUGUUAAAAAAUUAUAAGCCCGCUGCUUACGAGAAUGCCUCCGUUUUAUGGGAUAUAGCCAACUGGUGGCCGCAUGAAAAUGAAAUUUACCCGCAAUACGACUCCUCAAUGGGGCAAUUAUUACAAACUUUGCGCUUAGAACCUAUAACAAAAGUCUAUAAUUUGGCGCGUGGCACUCAACUAAAGCUGUUGAUGCGUUUGGCAAAUCAACAGAAAAUCAUAUUCAAACCUCAAUGGUAUCCUCGUGAUAUUGUAAUUGACGGACCAGUUUAUGGCGGCAAGGAUCGACACGUAGCAGAAGUGUACGCAUUCUACUUGGGUGCUGUAUUGGAUUUUCGUUCGACGCCUAUUGUUGUGGGGCGUAUAGUAAACUUAAAAAGAGAUAUCUAUGAAAAGGGCGAUAAUGAGCUACAAAAUACGAUGACGAUAACGCCAGAAGAAAACGGUACCGAACAAUAUUGUUUAUUCGGCAAGUGUCACUAUUGCAAUGAGGAGGAGACUGUGUGCGGUGAUGAAAAGAAUAAUAUUGAGGGUGUGCUGAUCUACAUAAUACCGGGACAAUUAAGCAAAAAACGUUCACCGUGGCAGCGUACAUACAAAGACGAUAAACGUGCACCUUGGGAGGACGAUAUGAACUACUGCAAAGCUUUAAAGGGAAAAAUGGAAACCAUAAGACUUUUGGAUUUAAUAGACGUAGCUAUUUUCGAUUAUCUAAUACAAAACGGUGAUCGUCACCACUAUGAGACCCGUGAAGAACGUGUUGUUCUAAUCGAUAAUGGUAAAGCAUUUGGUAAUCCUAGUAAAGAUCAUUUGGACAUAUUAGCUCCCCUUUAUCAGUGCUGUUUAUUACGUGCUACUACCUGGGAACGCUUACAGGUAUUUUCUGGCGGCGUACUGACAGAAUUAAUAGAUCGUCUCUCAAAGCACGACGCUUUGUAUCCUCUAAUAACCGAUAAACAUAAAAGAGGUGUCGAAAGACGUUUACUAGUCGUCUAUGCAGUGGUCGAAUACUGUCUGGAUCGUGAAGGAGAGAAAAUGUUAAAGAAUUUAUAAAAUAUUUCCUAAGCAAACAUAUCAUAUUAUAUUAUAUUUUAUUC